AGCACUUACAAGUAUGGGCGUAGGAGCCCCCAUCGAGGAAAUUCCACCAAAAGCCUUCAAACGAGCUCCCUUCACUAAGCCUCCAUUCACUCAUGACGACCUCAGGAAAGCUAUUCCUCCUCACUGUUUCCAGCGCUCAAUCCCUCACUCUUUCCUCUACUUAUUUUACGAUGUAGCCGCUGUGUUUACCCUCUACCACGUAGCCACCGAUUUCAUUCCCCUUCUGCCCAUCCCAUUAAGAUACUUGGCAUGGCCGGUGUACUGGGUGGCGCAAGGCUGCGUCCUGGUGGGGAUCUCGGAGAUAGCCCACGGGUGCGGUCACCACUCUUUCAGCGACCACGAGUGGCUUGACGACGUCGUAGGGUUGCUCCUCUUCUCACCUCUCCUCAUCCCUUACUUCUCCUUUAAAUUCUCGCACGGCAGACACCACGCCAACAUGGGAUCCAUCGGUCGCGAGGAGGCCCUCGCCACGAAGCGGAGGGAUGCCCUCAGUCAGGGAGGCGAGAGGAUCUUCCAGUGGCUCCGCAAAACGCCUUUUAGGCUCAUCAUCAUCGUCGGGGGACUUCUCUUCGGGGUCCAGCUCUCCCUCACCGUCGGGUUCGGUGGCAGGCAAUAUAACCAAAUCUCCAGUCUCCUCGAUCCUUGGGGUCCGAUCUUCAAUCGUAAACAGCGGCUCCAAGUCAUCAUAUCCGAUAUCUUCCUGGCAGCCGCCCUAUACACGUACUAUCAAAUUGGGGUGACGCAAGGGUGGGAAUGGUUCUUAUGCGUUUACGGAGGACCGUACGUAGUCCACAACGCUUUGGCAGUCAUGAUGGUAUCCCUGUCACACAUGCAUCCGGCGCUGCCACGUUACGACGCCGACGAGUGGGACUGGCUCCGGGGAUCCCUCAGCACGGUCGACAGGGACUGGGGCGUCCUCAACCACACGUUCCACCACAUGCCCGACCUCCACGUGGUUCACCACCUCUUCCCGAAGAUGCCGCAUUACCACCUCCAGGAGGCCACCCAUUACGUGAGGCCCAUCUUGGGCGAGUAUUAUCAGCGCGACACAACGCCCAUCUACAAAGCCCUCUUCAGAGAGGUCCAAUGCUUCGCUUUCGUCCAGAAAGAUAACGACGUUAAACAUGGAGGUGUAUUCUGGUUUGCCAUCGAUAAAUCAUGAUCUUCUGGCAUGCACGGGGAAAAAAGUCUCUUGGAUUCCG